UCAGAAUGGUAGCAGGCUGUGGAGCCACUUUACCCUGGAAGCUGUUCUUCACGGACUGCUAGGAUUCUUCGUGUUGUCAUGUGCCUUACCACUGAAUGAUACGUGUUCCCGGCGGGCGAGGUCUGUUAAGAUGGUUUCAUGGCGGAUAUUAUAAAUCCAGAGAAUGAAGAAGAUCUGCAGGCUCAAAUCGAAGAGGUCGAAGCUUUGUCUUCUAUCUACGGAGACGAGUGGUGUGUGAUAGACGAAGCGUCCAGGAUAUUCUGCAUCAAAAUAUCCAGCGACGCCGAGGAGCAGAAACUGACAGCAUGCUUGCAGAUAAUCCUUCCACCCGAUUAUCCGAGUGCAGCCCCACCCAUCUAUCAGAUCAAUGCCGCGUGGUUGCGAGGCUCCGAGAGGGCCGAAUUGGCAAACAGCCUGGAAGACAUCUACGUGGAGCAUGCGGGGGAGAGCAUCCUCUACCUGUGGGUGGAAAGAAUCAGAGACUUUCUCGUGGAGAAAUCCCACGGCUCGGGACAAGUCAUUCAAGAAGAAAAAGUGAACGUAACUGCCGAGGAGGACGUGGAAGACGAUGAAGACAUACCUGAUUUGCGCGUUCUCGGGGAAAACGCAGAGAAAACCCACAUCUUCCUGGAUCGGGCAAACGAUGAAGAGAUACCGCCGAUUAAACAUGGAAGCCUCAUCACGGACCGACGCAGCACCUUCCAGCCCCAUUUGGCACCUGUGGUCACACCAGGACAGGUGAAGAUGGUCCUGGAGAAACUUUAUGAAAACAAGAAGAUUGCCAGUGCCACUCAUAAUAUUUAUGCCUACAGAUUACGCCUGUUUGCUUUUUCCAUCUGCAAGUCGUUCACAUCGUCAAACAAUUUUUAAUAGCAAAGGCGAAUGUAAGCUGAGUCAACACAAAAUGCACCUCAUUUAGUAAAUGACAAAGCGUUCUAAGCCGAUCUGAAUAUACAUUUCACACUUUUUUUAAAAUCUCAAAUGAUUGUUUACAGGCUGUGUUGAGAUUCCAGUGUGACUGCAGCGUUCUUCGGCUCAAUGUCGCCAGCAGCAGCCGGGCCUUUUUACUGCACCUGCACAAUCGAUAAGUCACUUAAAUUGAAUCUGACAACAUGAAGCAAGCUAAAAGGCAAGACAUCAUGCCCCCAUCUCAAGAAACAGAGUAGAUUGCAAAACAAAAAGGAAAAAAAAAAAGUCUCAAAAGUUUUGGAAGCCGGCAAACCACAGUGAGGAUUUGUACUUAGACAAUUCCUCAAGGAGGCCUCAAAAAUAUUUAGACUGCAUGUUUUGCACUCUUUAGUUUCUUUUGUUCCCAGAAGAGCUAAGAGUUCUGGUCUGCAGCAGAAAAUUGUGAAGGAAAUGUCUUAUUAUUAGUUUAAUUACUUGGUUUAUUCAGUAGGAUAAAAAGCAAGUCUACCUCUUAAAGGUUUGGGAGAAAAAAAAAAGUAAAUAGUCUGGACUUAAAACUUAGAAGCCAUUGAUGCCCCAAAACCAGGGAUGGCCAAACCUGGUCAAACCUUAGAGUCUCCCUGGUCUAACACGCCUGAAUCCAAGUGCAGUCAGGUUCUCCAGAAUCCUGCUAAUGACCUCAUUAUUUGACUCAGGUGUGUUGAGAAACAUCUAAAAGUUGCAGGAGACCGGCCCUCCAGGACCAGGAGUGCCCACACCUGCCCAAAACUCUUCAAUGUGCCUAAAUUGGGACCUUCUUUAAAACUGCAGUAGCUGUAACUUUGUAGCUUUCACAAAAAAUUUUGUUUUUUUUUUUGUACAUAUUUGUUAAAAAUCUCAUGACGCUAUAACAUGAGACAAAUAAUGUGUGAAAAAAUUCAGGUCCUCCACCUCCUUCCUGAGUCACUUUUGCUUGAAGAGAAGCACCGCUCCGGGUCAAAAUCAACCAAUCAGAGCCAAGAGGAGGGUUUUAGUGCUAUCAGUCAUCCUCGUGUAUGUGCUGCUGAAUGUGCUCAGUUGCACAGAAACAAGUUGCCACUACAGGAAAACUGUCAUCAUCAUCAUCACCAGACUUUAUGGCUGACAGACGGGGGAGGAUGUGAGCGAAUGCAUGAGGAUUAUUGUCGGCUCUAAAACUGAUUGGUUGUUUCUGGAUCAUAGGUGGAAAGCAGAGGAGCAAAAUAUUUUCACACAUUAUCUGUCUUAUAUUAUAAUGUCACGACAUGGUAAUAGUUUUAACAAAUAUUUAUUUUAUUUUUUUUUACUUUCAUAGUGCAGCUUUUAUAAAUAUGAAAAUAGUUUUUUUUUAAGUUUUUUAAGUUAAAAAAACAUAUCAUCACAAAAAAGCAAAAAGAAACCAAAUCUAUAAAGGGGUGAAAACCGUUUUCACCGCUCUGUUUGUGUUCAUCCUUCAUAAAUGUAACCUCUGUAGCGACGCCGCCCGGCCCGCUGACAGAGAGGCUUUUGAUUGUGUGCCAUAAUGCCAAAACUCGUUGCACAAACCUGUCAGCUCACGUCGGGGCUUGUUAAAGUUUGUGUACAGUCUGUCUGAUGUUUUCAGUCAUAAUUUAUUUAACUUAAGUGUUUUUGUGCUGCUGCAGAUUUUUGCAGACGUCCCUCCCAUGGCAGCGCUGAAUCCACAGAGCCUCCUCCUCACGCGAGGAGAUCCAAAUUAACUUCUGAACCGAAGUGUAUUCUGUACGGAGCUUAAUAUUUUAAUUAGCCCUUCAUCCUGGAGUUAGAGUUACAGUUUGUCUUAUUAGUGGAGAAGAGGAAAAUGAAGUAAUCUUCUCCUCAGAAGGGACCGCUACUGCAUUAAAAAGUCAAACAGUUCUGGA